AUGGCCGGCCUCACGCCCGCGCAGUUGGCCAGCUUCGACCGCGACGGCUACCUCAUCAUCCCCGGCGCCCUGCGGCCCGACACGGUGGCCGGCCUCCUCGCCGAGACGCGCCGGCUGCUGUCGUCCUUUUCCCUGGCCGACCACCCGCUGACGCGCUUCUCGACGGGCGAGAAGAGCGACCACGUCGGCGACGACUACUUCCUCACGUCGGGGGACAAGGUGCGCUUCUUCUUCGAGGAGGACGCCUUUGACGACGCCGGCAACUUGACCAAGGACAAGGAGCGCGCGGUCAACAAGAUCGGGCACGCGCUGCAUGCGCUGAGUCCGCCGUUCAAGGCGCUGCUCCUCCCCGAUGGUGCCGACGAUAAGGACCAAGAGCAGGCCGCCAAGCAGCAGGUGAGUCCCGCGGCGGUGGCACGCUCGCUCGGCUUCCGCGAUCCGCGCUGCCUGCAGAGCAUGGUCAUCUGCAAGCAGCCCGAGAUCGGGGGCGCCGUGCCGCCGCACCAGGACUCGACGUUUCUGUACACGGACCCGCCCUCGGCCGUGGGCUUCUGGUACGCGCUCGAGGACGCGACGCUCGAGAACGGCUGCCUGAGCUUCCUGCCUGGGUCGCACCGCUGGGCGCCCGUGGGGAAGCGGCUCGUGCGCAAGCCCGGCGACGCGGGCACCGAGAUGGUGGACAAUGGCGGGCCGCGGUUCCCCGGCGCGAGCGGUGCGCAAGAGCAGCAGCAGCAGCAGGAGGGCGCGAAUGGGGAGGGCGAUGCAGCGGCCUAUGUGCCUGGCGAGGUCAAGGCGGGGGAUCUGGUGCUCAUCCAUGGCAAUUUGCUGCAUAAGAGCGAGAGAAACACCAGCCAGAAGGGGAGGAUAAUCUACACAUUCCACAUCAUCGAGUGGGAAGGUACCAACUACGACAAGCGCAACUGGCUGCAGCCCCCGGCAGAAGGGUUCACAAAAUUGUACGCCUAA